AUGCUGUUUUCAUUUCAGGGCUUGGGCCUAAACAUCUCGUCUAUUCUGGUGCCCCCGUACCUGCGGCAGGUGGGCGGGGAGGCCGGAUCAACUGACCCCAGAAACUAUGAAGGGUUCAUGAAGGAUGUCCUGGACGAGAUGGGUAAACUCGUGCCUUUCGACUACACGCUGCACAUCCAAGGCCACGGGGUGUUCGGGACUCGACGGAAUGGAACGUGGGACGGUAUCGUCGGUGAAGUCCUGUAUAAUAAAGUUGACAUGGCAGCUGCCCCGCUCACCGUCACUUCCAACAGGAGGGAUGCUGUGGACUUCUCAAUACCCAUCCAAAACUUUGGCCCCGUCAUCGUCAUGAAAAAACCAACGUCUUAUCAACCGAGUUUGGGGGACCGCUUGUCGCGUGUCUUCACCCCGCUUGACCAGAGCGUGUGGCUCCUGUCCAUACUCGCCUACCUCGCCGUCAGCACCAUCGUGUACGUCAUCUGCCACUGCAACCCCUACGAGUGGCGGCGGAUGGCUAAGGACGGCGAGGCCACUAUACGGGAGGCAGAGUCGUUCACGUGCUACAACUCGUUCUGGUUCGUUCUCAGUGCAUGGGCCUGGCAAGGUUACAUCCGGUCGCCUCGAUCUUUAGGGGGGCGCAUCGUCGUGAUGUCGUGGUGGGUGUAUAUCAUGAUGUUUGUGUUGACGUUCACGGCCAGUCUCACCAACAUGUUGAGGAUGGGUCCGACUCCAGAAGACGUCAGGGAGUUCACAAGAAUUCGCAGUCUCGACGACCUCACUGAACAAUCAAAUAUCGACUUCGGCAUGCUCAAACAUGGAUCCACAUACCAGUAUUUUGAGAACGCCAAAGUUCAAAAUUUAAAACGUCUACACGAAAUUGUUGAUAAAAACCCCGAACUUCUUGAAAAAACUAUAGAAGAUGGGAUAAAACGUGUGAGGACGUCUUGGAGGAAAGACUAUGCCUUCAUCAUGGAAUCUGCCAUGGCGAAGUACUAUAGCAAGCAGGAGCCUUGUGACUUAUUUUACGUGGGAGAUUUUACAGCUUCCAGUUCAUACUCAUUUGCAUAUCGGAAAGGUUGGGCGCACACGAAGGAGCUUGAUAUAGCAAUUCUUCUUCUGCGCGAGAAUGGAAUCCUGCAUUUGAUCGAGGAGAAGUGGUUUGCUGGCAAAUGUCAGGGCUUCAUGAUCAACCGCUCUCAGGACGACGUCUUCAACCUCCCUCCCUACUACACCGUGGACCUUGGGUCGUUCUCAGGGGCACUCAUACUGCUUCUCAUCGGCGUCCUGCUGGGGGCUGUCGUAACUGUCGCCGAGGUCGUCAUAUACAGGAAGGUGGAGCUGCCAAAGACAGAGGCACGAAAAGGACAGCUGGUGGCCGACAAUGCCGAACCCACGCCCUUAACCCAGGCAGCACAGACAAAAGUUUGAACCAAAGUCCAAAAAACAACCCCUUUAACAUAAUACAAAAAACGAUACCCGUAACAGCAAACUGGUGUAGACUCUUAUGUUAGGAAAGACCUCAAUCAAUGAUUGUUACGGGUAUUUGUACCCGCUCCCAGUAUUACAACCUGAAACUGUCCCCUGUAUUUUCAAAACAGAAAAUCAAAAGUUAUUUACAUACCUGGUCAUCGGGUUUUGUUUCCCUUUUUGACUUAAAAAUUAAGAAAUGCUGGUUUGUUUUUUUCGUUUCUUUUACCGUAUGUGUAUUUUUGUAAGAAAUUCUCUCUCCUUUCUUGCACACUUAAAUCAUUUUUGAUACUUUUAAUUGUCAGAUAACCUUCCGCCCUGCUUAUAGUUUUGAUGUGGACCGUUCACAUUGUCAUAGCAAGUUAAGCACGGGUCAGAUAACCACCUUACAGGACGUGUACAGAGUACUACGAUUAUUGAGUCAUUACUGAGCCGGUUUUGUCGUCAAAAGAUUCAAGGAGUCUUUGUAUGCGAAUGUUUAGUUUGAUGUAGAUUUUCGACAAGACGCUCUAGUCACCUACAGACAUCCGGCUUGAUCAUGCUUACAUAUAUAGAACUACGGAUGGACCUUUCACCAUUCAGUGUGCUACCCAUUAACAUCUUCAGCCUCUUUCUUGCUUUGUCAGCGCCACUGCAGUGUAUUCUCAGUCCAAAUCUUAUUCCUUCGUUACGUGAAAGAAGGCGAGUACGUCCACUGAACCUUUGUGUUAUUACCACGCUCAUAGAUUUCUGGGAGGAACAUUCACACCCGAGACAGUGACGGUAGUUACAGUGAUCUGCAUGAUCGUUGUCAUAUUCAAGAAAAUAAAAAGUAAGGUCACAACUAAUUAAUUAUUUGUUCUUUAGUGUGACCUCAUCCUUUUUAUAUCUAAGUGUAAAAUAUUGUGGAAAAUGUUUUUUGAACAUGUAAUUAAAAUAAGUAUAGAAAAAUAGAUAAAUGGCGACAAAAACCUUUCCUAACACUCUGAAGAAGGAAACAAUCCAAAUUCUAAAACUUUGGAUUUCCUUCCAUCUCAUUCAGACUUGUGGCGAGAGAAAAACGUGUUUAUUUCAGUCUUUAAAAGCAAUAUGUGUUGACAUUAACUCCCAAAUAUCCAUAGAUAUUCUUCAGUAUUUCAGUAUAAGAGCUGGACCGGACACCUUGCAGUGGCGCACAUUUGACUUCUCCGCUUCUAGUCCUUUAAGCGCUUGUAGAUCCUGGGGUAUCUGCUCUAAUCACUAAUCCUCCUCUUGUUUCCAGACAUCUCUAAUCACCGCUUCUCUCUCUCUCAGCAUGAACCAUUUUAGUGCUGAUCAGUUGUCAACUAAUCAUGACACCGUCUGACCCUUGAUUGACCUUUCACAUGAUGCUCGUGAAUAAUGAAGGUUGCCACAACCUACUGACCCUUCCCAUAAUAACUGUUUGAUUGAGAUUCUAGAAGUUGGCACAAUAAGUAAGAAUAACGUCCAACUUUAUGGAUAACAACUUCUGGUUUAUUGCAUAUAGCGACGAUUCGAUGUAGAUUCGUAUAUGGUUACUCACUCUAGCUUGAUAACGGUGUAAGAAUCUACAUCGAAACGAAAGUUGUUAUCCAUAAAGUUGUACGUUUUUCUUACCUUCCCACGAUGCCUGUGAAAAUAUGAAGGUUCUCACCAACCAUUGUAUAGGACACCAGCACGUUCUAGUUUCCAAACGUCGAUUAUCCUGUCAUGUAGUAAAAUCAUACCAAGCAUCACGUAAAAUAUAGGAGAAAUACAUAAGAGACCGACCAUUUGAUAUGAAAUGAUCGUUCCCUAAGCAUGACGAGGUUAUCAAGAUAGUCGCACUUUUGACCAAUUCUGUAGAUUUGUUUCAGACCCAAGGUCAUGGCAACACAGAUGAUAAACUAUAAAAUAUAGUUGGUUAAAUGGAACUUGGUUAAAUGGAACACAGCUUAUGUUGAGGGAGGAUGUGAUACGGCGAUGAGCUAACAUAUGGGUGAUUCGGAAUUUGAAAAAUGUUUGGAUAUAAAGUUUAGUUUUCUUUGUAAAAGAUAAAUUCCCAAUUUAUUUCUUCAGGAAUACUCUAGUGACGGGAGCGAGAUGGAACACCAGAACUCAUAAAACGCACCAUCGGGGUCCUGAAAGACCACCCAUGCAUGGAUUCCCUUCAGUCAUUUCCCCCGAAAAACCCUCUUUCAUACUAAAAUGUCUGAUAUUUUGCGUCUGUUUGCCUUAUCAUGUAUGUGCAUGAAAAUGAAUUUUCAUCAUUUUUCAUAUUCAUAUCGAUGAAGCAUAGAAUAACAUGUCGAGUUUUUCAUGUACUCGCGCCAUCGCAGAAUCACAUGCCUUGUGAGAAAUGUACUCUAUUCUUGUCAUGGUAACCAGUCUGCAUAUACAUUGUACAUUGCGUCUACCACCAUCAUCUGUUCUUUGUGAACCAAAGGCAGCAGUUGUCAACAUAGUUAGAAAUAACAUCAAUUAUCGAAGAUGAACUGGAAGUGUUCCAUUUUUAACAACUUGGGUAGUCAAUACUACUAUUAUUGGUUUUUGUUCUCCUACUAUUUUGGUGUUUAAGAAUUUCAUUCAGUAUGUAUGUAUAUUUGUUUGUUGUUUACCGCCGCACUCAGCAAUAUUCCAGCUAUAUGACAGCGGUCUGUAAAUAAUCGAGUCUGGACAAGACAAUCCAGUGAUUGCCAUCAUGAGCAUCAAUCUACACGCACUUGGGAUACGAUGACAUGCAUCAACCAAGUCAAGGAACCUAAACACCCGAUCCCGUUAGUCGCCACUUACGACAAGCAUAGUCGCCUUUUACGGCAAGCAUGGGUUGCUGAAGACCUAUUCUUACCCGGAUCUUCACGGAACAUUUCUUGAAUAUGUUGUUAGAUAUUCUUCUCGAACGAACUCUCGAUUCAUUCCACCGUAUAUUCCUUUGCACUACCUUCUUAUAUCCUAUUUUUGGAAGGGUGAAAUAGGAAAGAAACACAUAUUACUAAUUAAAAGCAAAAGCUAAACUGUUCCAAUAGUUACCCCAAACAGUUGGACGAACUAAACUGCCGAGCAAAAGAAAGUAGACACCUAUGUUUGAUAAAAAUGAAACAAACAAGAAAUGUUUUUUUGAUGGUGAUGUAUUUGAUAUGGGCAUCAUAGUUUUGUUUUUAACCUUAAGUUUGCAGUGUUUCGGCGACUGUUCAGACAAGCAAGUUUUGAUAAUUUUCAAGCCUUUGUUUUCUUUUGGUCGGCUGUUCAGAUCCCGUGGAGAUUGGCCCCCAGUAACCUAUACUUGUCAAAAACCGACUAAAUGGAUCGAAAUAUGUUUGUUUUAUAUUGUGCAACCAUUAUGUCCAUGGUAUCGUGAGUGAAUGUUAAUAUAUCAUAUGUCUCAACAACAGUAAGCCAACUGUUUGAUUACAAAAUGUUACGAGGGGUUGAUGGUGUUAGCUGCUAUUUACCUGGGCCCGGUUCCACAAAACGAUCUUAGCUCCAAGGUGAUCGUAACUCACAUACUUUAACAUAGGCUUAAGAUAGUUUUAGCACAAAGAUCUUUUUAUGGAACCGGGCCCUAAAAACAGCAGAAUGUUGGAUGUCUUUGGAACCUAAGUAUUGUAUCUACGAGCAUAUGGAACCCUUUGUUCUGGGAUUCCGAUGAGGCUCUGAACAAUGGCUAAAUGAGGUGGUCAUCUGUCUUUGUCGUCUUCAUUUCAGAUAAGGCCCAAGAAAUUGAUUAUAUGUUCCUGGUAAUCGCCUCCUUGUUAUAAUUUAUUAUUUAAUUAUUUAAUUUGUCAUUAAAUGCACUGUUAGUACAUUUCGAGAGCGAGAAUCCGUAUGUAUCAAAAUUAGGAAAGACUGUUCAAUUCUAUUUUUUAUGAAAGGUUUUGUCAUGUCACUGACAUUGUGUAAAUAUCUCCGUCGAUUCGCCACUAUAUAAUCAAUUUGUUAUGGCCAAUGUUUGUACAUACUGUGAGAGAUCAUAUCCUGAUGAAAGGGAGUGAGAUCAAUUGUUGUAUUUAUUUAUGACCAUAUCUUGUUAAUGCCUUUAACAACUCUACUGAUAUUUGUGGUGGUUUGUCGUACCCUUUGGAAAUAAAAUGUUUGAAAGGCG